CUUAGCUCCAAGAAUCAAGAUUCGAAAUUGUAUUUUGUUUCAACUAUUCAAUAGCUUAUUGAUUUAACCAUUAACAAUACGUCAAUACGUCGUAUUUAUGUUAUUUUUUUGUAAUAGAUAUAUAAUAGGUUACAUAAUAGGUAUACUGUAAUUUAGUAACAAAAAAAAUCUAUACACGAUUGUUGAAAAUGUAUAAUGAACUAGACUGAAAUAUAUGUUUAACAAAAUGACAAAGAAAAAGACAUCAAAACAGUUAGCUAAAAUUUCACCAACAAAGAAACUUUAUACUUCAUCCUGUGAUAAGUAUGAAAAAAUUAUGACUGAAGACAAAAUAGGGGUCACAAAAUCAAACAAAGAUAAACCAUCAGCUUCUACUUUUUAUACAAACGUGCCAGAAGAUGAUAAAAAAAUAUUAAAAGCCCAAGGAAAACAGAUUAAAAAAAAAAAGAAACAAUAUUCUAAGGUCCAUAACAUAUAUAAUUUAAAAACUGCUAAUGCUGCGGGUCCUUCAGAGAAGAGACAAUAUAGUCAAAUGAAUGAAUGUUUUGUAUUACUUUCAGAUUGUAAUGAGCACAAAAAAAAUCAUAAAUCUCAUAAUGCUUCUACUAGCAAUAAUACAGAGAAUAGUUCAAAGAAUGACAAAGAUUGUUCAUCAAUGUUAAAUACCAAUGAACAAAACAUUAAAAAAAAAAAGAAAGAAGAUUCUAAGGUCCAAAAUAUAAAUAAUUUGAUGAAUGAUAAUGCUGUGGUUCAUACAAAGAAUAGAAAAUAUAGUCAAAUGAAUGAAUGUUUUGUAUUGCUCUCAGAUUGUAAUGAGCACAAAAAAAAUCAUAAAUCUCACAUGGGUUCUACUGGCAAUAAUACAAAGAAUAGUUCAGAGAAUGACAAAGAUUAUUCAUCAAUAUUAAAAACACAAGGAAAAAAUAUAAAAAGUAAAAACAAAAUAGAUUCAAAGGUCCAAAAAAAAAAUAAUUUGAUACAUGAUAAUGCUGUGGCUCAUACAAAGAAGAGAAAAUAUAGUCAAAUGAAUGAAUGUUUUGUAUUGCUCUCAGAUUGUAAUGAGCACAAAAAAAAUCAUAAAUCUCACAUGGGUUCUACUGGCAAUAAUACAAAGAAUAGUUCAGAGAAUGACAAAGAUUAUUCAUCAAUAUUAAAAACACAAGGAAAAAAUAUAAAAAGUAAAAACAAAAUAGAUUCAAAGGUCCAAAAAAAAAAUAAUUUGAUAAAUGAUAAUGCUGUGGCUCAUACAAAGAAGAGACAAUAUAGUCAAAUAAAUGAAUGCUUUGUAUUGCUUUCAGAUUGUAAUGAGCACAAAAAAAAUCAUAAAUCUCACAUGGCUUCUACUUACAAUAAUACAAAGAAUAGUGCAGAUAAUGAUAAAAAUUAUUCAUCAAUAUUAAAAACACAAGGAAAAAAUAUAAAAAGUAAAAACAAAAUAGAUUCAAAGGUCCAAAAUAUAAAUAAUUUGAUAAAUGAUAAUGCUGUGGCUCAUACUAAGAAGAGACAAUAUAGUCAAUUGAAUGAAUGCUUUGUAUUGCUUUCAGAUUGUAAUGAGCACAAAAAAAAUCAUAAAUCUCACAAGGCUUCUUCUAGCAAUAAUACAGAGAAUAGUUCAAAGAAUGACAAAGAUUGUUCAUCAAUGUUAAAAACCAACGAACAAAACAUUGAAAAAAAAAAAAAAGAAGAUUCUAAGGUCCAAAAUAUAAAUAAUUUGAUAAAUGAUAAUGCUGUGGCUCAAACAAAGAAGAGACAAUAUAGUCAAAUGAAUGAAUGCAUUGUAUUGCUUUCAGAUUGUAAUGAGCACAAAAAGAAUCAUAAAUCUCAGAAGUUUUCUACUAGCAAUAAUACAGAGAAUACUUCAGAGAAUGACAAAGAUUAUUCAUUAAUAUUAAAAACACAAGGAAAAAAUAUAAAAAGUAAAAAUAAAAUAGACUCAAAGGUCCAAAAAAUGAAUAAUUUGAUAAAUGAGAAUGCUGUAGCUCAUACUAAGAAGAGACAAUAUAGUCAAUUGAAUGAAUGUUUUGUAUUACUUUCAGAUUGUAAUGAGCACAAAAAAAAUCAUAAAUCUCACAAGGCUUCUUCUAGCAAUAAUACAGAGAAUAGUUCAAAGAAUGACAAAGAUUGUUCAUCAAUGUUAAAAACCAAUGAAAAAAACAUUAAAAAAAAAAAGAAAGAAGAUUCUAAGGUCCAAAAUAUAAAUAAUUUGAUAAAUGAUAAUGCUGUGGCUCAUACAAAGAAGAGAAAAUAUAGUCAAAUGAAAGAAUGUUUUGUAUUGCUCUCAGAUUGUAAUGAGCACAAAAAAAAUCAUAAAUCUCACAUGGGUUCUACUGGCAAUAAUACAAAGAAUAGUUCAGAGAAUGAUAAAGAUUAUUCAUUUAUAUUCAAAACUCGAGGAAAAAAGAUUAAAAUAAAAAAUAAGUAUAAGAUUCAAAAAAUAAACAAUUUGGAAAAUGAUAAUGCUGCAAUUCAUACAGAGAAGAGUCAAUUAAAAGAGUGUUUUGUAUUGCUUUCAGAUUUUGAUAAAAAAAAAAAAUAUAUUCAUAAACCUAAUAAGGCUUCUUCUAGAAAAAAGACAAUGAUUGGUUCAGAGAACAGCAAAGAAUAUUUAUCAAUUGUACAUGAUUUAUAACCAACAUAACAACCGUCUUGUUCCGGAUAUUUCUGCCGAAUUUUAUUUACAACACGAUGGAAUAACAAUACGAUUAUCUAUAUAAAACCAAAAAUUUAAUCACUUGUAUUUAUACGUUCUUAUACAUAUUUAAAAGCAUUAGUUAACAUAUUGCAUUAUAUUAUCAAUGAACUUGCAGUCAUCCUACCUUUUCCUAUAGGAUUUCACGAGUUUAUCCAAUGAGUAAAUUGUUUGUAAAAAAUUUACCUCCACGUCUUAUUUGUUGGUUGUGAUGAACAUAACGUUUUUUUUUUGCUUUUAUUUUUUGAUUUAACAAUGAUUUGUUGUCGUGUAAUAUUGAGAACCUAAUAAACGUAAUAAAUAAUAUCGAGGACAAAAUUAAAAAACUGAAUCUACUGUGUUUGUAUUAUGUAGGUACCUAAUCUAUGACUUACUUCAUCAUCUAAAAU